CCAUAACUGUUGGCUCGCUGGAGCGCUGGAGAAAGAAGGCGAGGAAGUCCUGACAACAAACGGCCCAGCCACACCAACCUUCUCCCUGAUCGGACGGGCCCUGGAUCGCGACAGCUCACAGCGCGACACGAACCAGACGACGACAGCAGCCGGAACCGUCGCCCCAGCCCAUCGUGCCAGCCCGUCUAAGAGACGGCCACCGAGCGAGCUGAUGACGGUCGGUCCCUGACGACUGCCUCCUGUUGACUUGUCGCUCGUCGAAGCUUUCCCUUGUUCCGCUAGAUCCUCAGCCCAGGCACUACCACCAACCAGACCACGCACGCACGCAGCAGCAGCUCGGGAAAGUCAGCGACGCCAGUUUGCUUGGAGUCGCGCCUCCUAGAAAUUCCCGCCACCGGCAUCUGGAAACCGCAGCCUGCGUGCGGGUUAUACUUUGCGUGGCAGCCAGAACCAGCUAAUCUUGGCCGCCUGGUGCGAUAUCCACCCAAGUUUAAUUUCUCAUCCUCAGCCAUCACACGCCAACCACACCAAAAACCGUCAACGUGCGAGAGCCACCGCCAUUGGGGGCAGAGAGCCUACGGCACCUCGGCAAACAAACAACAGGCAAGACCAAAGCAACAGAAGGUAGAGACAGAGAAGUCGCGACUUGGCCUCACUGCCUUCAGACCCGUGCGUACGAGCCGGCUAGGCCCCAACACCAUCGACGUGUCGUCGUCGCACCUACGACGCCUCUUCACGAGGGCACCAUGACGGCCAUGUCGGCCGUCCCGACCGCGGCUUCCGGCCUCACUCCACCGAGCAGCUCCCAUGGCAGCGGCAGCAGCAACCUGAACGGCAGCGGCUACGCGUGGAACGGCAACUACUCCACGGCCGAAAAUGACGAGGACCCAAUGCAUUACAAAAAGACAGCCCACAGCUAUGACGCGACAAACGGCCACCAGAGGUCACCGCUGAUUUCCCAGAACGGAUAUUCGCCUUCAGAUUCGCCCGUCGCCCCGACGCCGAAAGAUAGCGAAUCUAACCUUACGGGCAUGGCCGCAGCUGCCAACAUUUCACCCACACUCGGCUCCGGCAACGCCAAGCCCUCUUCGACGAGGGACAGCGCCACUGGCUCCUCGGACAGCCUGCCAGAAGCACACGGGGGCAGCAGAGGGACUAAGCGUGUGAUGAGAGACGGUAGUCCCGCUGGGAGCGCGGGAAUCUUGCCAGACGACUCCAAAUGGAUCCAUCGGGACAAGCUGGCUCGAAUAGAAAACGAGGAGCUGCAGGCCGCCGGCAUCUUUCUCCCCGCACCACGCUCGCACAGCCGGCCACGACACGCCACACAAGAACGACCGAGCGACUCUAGGAAGACGUCAGACGCCGACCUUCACACCAGGUCGCGCAAGAACUCGUCGGCUGUCACUGGCUCGACGUUGGCGGCGAGCUCCGGAGAUCCCAGGCUUCAGACAGGCACAGGCAACUGGGACUUCAGGUUACCCGAAGAGAUUGCCGAGGCCGAGGAGGCGAAUUAUUGGACGUCCGUGAACGGCAUGAAGGGCUCGUCGCGAAUCCCAGUGGCCAAAGUGAGCCCCGCGCCCAUACCAUCCGAUGUCCUGGAACGCGAUACCCCCGCGAGACGAAGGCGGGAUAGCAGCCCUAACGACGAAGCCGUGGAUAUCAAGAUGCCUAGGACGCGAGCGAGGAGCAGUAGUGCCAGUACCAAGCUCGAGGUUGCAGCCAACGCCGCCGCCGCCAGCACUCCCCAACCGAAGCGCGCCGUCACCGACUCCUCACCGAAGAAGGCAGCAACCGAUUCGUCGCCGAAGAAGACCGUCAGCGUCAGGAAAGGGUCUGGGAAAUCCGGGGGCACCGGGCGACAAAAGACGCGCGGCGCACCGAGCAAGGAUUCUACCAGCAGCGCGUCUGGCACCACGCGGCCGUCUACUAGAUCGGGCGAGCGUGAGCUCGGGGCGACUUCUCCCAACGCCCGCGCCCCCGAGGGCGACCCGCCAUGGAUGGUCUCGGCCUACAAGCCGGACCCGAGGCUGCCUCCGGAUCAACAGCUUCUCCCCACCGUCGCCAAGAGACUGCAGCAAGAAAAGUGGGAGCGCGAGGGCAAGUUUGGAAGCAUUUACGACAGGGAGUUUAGGCCGCUCACAGAUGACGGAUUCCUCUCGCCGCCCGAGCCUAAGGACAAGCUCAGCCCCCAGCCAAACGAGAAGCAGGAGAAGAUGGAGGACUGGCCCCUGAAGGCCGAGCCCAAGAGCCCUACGGCGCCCUCUCUUCGCCAGCAGCGCACGGGAUCCUAUUCCACCAUACCCAAGGUCCAGGACCCUCCCCAAAGCCCGCUCCCGCCAUCGAGGGGCAACGGGGCGCCCGGGCAGCCGUCUCCUUUGAUACGCCUUCCGGACAUGCCAGACAACGAUGCGAGCCAGGAAAAGAAGGGUUGCAUGUGCUGCAUCGUCAUGUGAUGGUCUUACGCUGCCUCUGUUUGCCAAGGCGUCGCCAUCCUCGAAAUUCCCCACCGCGUCGCCAACCCGAUUUGACGGCAGCUCUGUUUGCCGCCAAUAUGCUGGAUUUCAGUACAUAGAUUGUCCCUACACUUCUCUCGACGACCUUCACGGGCGAGAAGGGCCUCGAAGCCCCUGGCACGAUACCCAUCCCCGUCUCAAACGAACACCUCAAAAUAUUCGGAAUGGUCUUCUGCCCGUCACCCAUCUGUCCGUUUGACCACUAGUUGCCCAUCCAUGCCCUUCCUCCCCACAGGCAAACUCACAUCCCUAUACUACCGCCCACCCCGCAAAGGUUCUUCUCGGCCCAUACGACUUUACGAUUCUCCUCUUCUUUACUUACACCUGUUCGCCCGAAGCUCGUAUCGCAGACCUCAACGCUGGUGUAAUUAUUAACUGCCACAUACAUUCCACAAACUCCUCCCACAAAGCCAUGGACGGCACUCUAUUUCUUUGAUUCUUGCUUUUUUCUGUCUUUCCGCCUCACCCACUAGUUGGUCUUUGGCACCUUGCACCCAUCUUAGCGUGCUUUCCCCCGAUCCCAUUCCUGGAGUUGUUUCUCUUCGCUUGCAGCCCCCUGCGGGAUGACGCGUCUCUUCUGGAGUUCAAAAGGAGUUUAGUCGGUCGUAAAGUGGGGGGCCUGCGAAGCUCUGCCCGUGUUCCCACUCGAGCCUCACUGGCACCCCCAAUAUCCUUCGGGCUCUCACAAAAGCCCGUUCUGUUCAUGUUUUCUUUGUCCAGUUACAUACCGCUAUUAUACUACCUAUCUAUCUUGGACCCCGUGCAUACUUUUUUUCUGGCCCUCUUUUCCCCCUCUUUUGCAUGGCCAGGUUUGAUUGCAACGGGUUCUUUUCCCGCCCUCGGCAAGCAGCUACCCGCCCAAUUUCCGAUCCAGCCAGCUCUGUCCAUGACGUUGGCACCCCCUUGUCUUGCUUGUUGUUUUGCUUGGCUUCGACGUGGCCAGCCGGGCCGUCUGCACAGUAUUAACUAUUUUUGGCUGGGAUCCUCAGCUAUAUCUCGCGACGGAUAAUCUCUCGAGACAAUACAUUCUUGGCUGUCUUGAUUCACGGGAAGGAGCAAGACCGACAUACAGAAACCGCUUUAUCUUUUCUCACAUUCCAUUCUUGCUUUUCUGUCCUUUUCCUCCUCGCUCGUGACAUGCAUGG